UCUUCUUCUCUUUUUCUUCCUUUUUAGGACUUAUUUUUCCUUCGUACAUACUGUUUUCACUACAUCAAUACAUUUCAUAACAAAAUAUUAUUUUCUUGUUUCUUUUUCUUAUUAUUUUGUACAAACAUAGAAGCUAUUUUACUCUACACUUUUUUUUGUCAAUUAGCUGCGCUAAGACCGUCGUUUUCUCUCUCUAUCGUUUCAGUCUCACGUACAAACCUCUCUUAAACAAUCCCGGUCUAUAUUUCAACCAGAACCCAUUCAUCUUUAUUAUUUCAACAGAAACAGAAACAACUAACCAAAAAAUGACAGCCAAGCGGUGGUGGUCGCCAUCACACAUGCUCCCUCUCUACAUCCUAUUAUCUAUUAUUCCAUUUGCAGUGUACGCUACUGCCAACACAUGCAUCACCAACGGUCAUUCACUGAAUCGCAGGGCCAAUAUACCUACCGACAGUAGCAGCUUGUACAAAGCAGCGCUAUUCAAACGCAAAUCUUUGAAUGAUGCUGCUGCCUCUGCCUUGGUAGUGUCUGGCCGCCAGUGCACAUCCGAUAUGCAAUGUGUCGGAUACCGCAACGGUGAUCACGAUAAGCCUCAGGGAAUGGGUAAUGCUCGUGCUAUUGAUUCGUCGAGGCGAAAGGCGCGGCUAGGAGAGUACGCGUGUAUUGAUGGCACUUGCCGUUAUGUCGUUAAGUCUGGUAAGCAUGGGGUGCUAUAUUUUUUUAUAUCUUGAUUAGUUUGCCAUGCUGUGCUUUGUUUGUUGUCUGUUCCCUCC